AUGUCGUGGCAAACUUACGUUGACGAGCACUUGAUGUGCGACAUCGAAGGCAAUCAUCUCACCUCCACUGCCAUCAUCGGCCAAGACGGCAGUGUCUGGGCCCAGAGCUCCACCUUUCCUCAGUUCAAGCCAGAAGAAAUAACUGCCAUUAUGAACGACUUUAAUGAGCCCGGUUCACUUGCUCCAACUGGCUUGUACCUCGGUGGCACAAAAUACAUGGUUAUUCAAGGCGAGGCAGGUGCUGUCAUUCGAGGAAAGAAGGGACCUGGUGGUGUAACUGUUAAAAAGACCAAUCAGGCCUUGAUCAUUGGUGUCUAUGAUGAGCCAAUGACUCCAGGCCAGUGCAACAUGAUUGUUGAAAGGCUUGGUGAUUAUCUUGUUGAUCAGGGUCUUUAA